UAGCGCCAAAAUACGGAUCUUUCCUGGGGUGUAUGAUUUGAAAGGGUUUCUUUAUCUGGUGGCUUGCUUGUUCUAAUUUAUUUGCUUUUUCGGUUGGGUUCUGGGAGAGGUUGCAUUUCUAGGACUUGUAAACAUGCUUUCAACGCUAUAUGGUACUUACAUUAGUUUCCCUUUUCUGCCUCUAUCCUUCUCUUCUCUGUGUUGUCUACCUUAUUUUGGUGAUGCUCUUUUCUAUAACUACUUUUCACGGUGGUCUGUAACAAUACGCGGAGUUAUAAACUAUGAUCCUCUGAGUUAUUAUGUGCAUGCUUGUUUGUAGCCGUUGAUUUUAAUGCCUUGUGCAGCUCGUAGUCGCUGCAUUAGCUUUCA